AUGGCUGCUCUGACCAUCGAAACUGGUGUCUAUUUCAUCCAGAACGCCGGCACUGGUACUGUUCUGGACCUCACUCUUGGAUCCAAUGCCAACGGUACCAAGGUCCAGGGCUUCACCAAGCACGAGCUCAACGACGUCUGGGUAUCCGCGCAACUGUGGAUCAUCGCGCAAGUCCCGGGCACCGACGAGUACACGAUCCAGAACGCGAACAGCCGCACCUACCUCGACUUGACUGGGAGUACGUCACUGGCUACUGAGCGGAACGGAACGCCCCUCAUCGGUUUCGAGCCCACGGGCAACCCGAACCAGCGC